CAGAAGACUUGCGUAACAGCUAUUGUCGAGCGGUGCUGGAGGUCUUGACCUCUGUCUGAUGUAACUGAGGCCACCUACAGGGCUUCGACUCCAUCAUACACCCUCCCAGCGGACUUGCGAACUCGGAGAACCUACCUUCGACGAGAAUGUCUACGCCCACGAUUUCAACCUUCAUCACCUCUGUGGUCCUACAGCCCAUCAUAGUGGCGAUCACCAGUGCUGUUCUUUCAUCCCUCCUAUCCUACGAGAUCGCUGGACGGCUUGACUGGAGGCCGAUCACCGUAUGCGUGACAUGCGACAUUCUUGCUGUCGCCGUCGACCACCUGAAGGAUCAAGAAGUUGCCAUCAGCGCUCGGGGUGCGGCUGUAAUGAAGCGCUUUGCCCCCAUGUUCCAUCUUGCCCGUAUUUUUCUGGGGUUGAAUGUGUUGCUGCUUGUGGUAGCUUUCUGGAGAAGUCCACCAAAAAUGACGCUCAUCGCCGUAGCUUUUGCUGCCCCCGCUUUUCUGUGGGCGACGCCACUUCACUUUUCGCGGAUCGGCACAGUACUGAACAGAUUCUUGCUGGCAAAUGAUGAAGAAGGAGAAGUUGAAUAUGAUUCACCCAAAGAUCCAUUCAUAAUCAAACGAGUUCCUGGUAUGAAGGCUAUAUUUGACGGUAUUAUUCGAGGCUGUGGAAUGUUCUUCGUCGUCAACUCAGCACUGCAGUUAUCAUGGCAAUCGACAUAUAAUGCACCUCCAUGGAUGAUCAUGGAGACUGUCAUUUGGUCGACGGUCAAUCGCACUUGUCAUUGUAUUAUGACAGACGUGCGUGACUAUGACGAGGACGUGAAGACUGGAGUCCCGACCAUACCCGUCCUUCUAGGGUCUGCUCUUAAGACUCGGAUGGUCUUAAGUGUCGUUCAAGCAGCCGUUAUGAUAGCCUUCCUCCGGAAUCCAUUCAUUGUGGCGAGUUCUUCCUUCGCGAUCGCUCUUGUUUGGAUUCUAGGGAAAGAUUCUCCGAAAGUUUACUUCCGUCUCAGUCUCCACUCACAGACGAUAUUCAUUGUUCUGUACGCUGUUAUGCUUGCUUUUGACUUGCUCUAGACCACUAUUGUACAUUUUAGAUUUGAACGAUC